UGAUGACCGUUUGAGUUAUGGUCGAAACGUCGUGAGAAUUUUUUAUUGUUUUAUAUAUAUAUUUUGUUAUUUUGUUGUUUCUCUUCAACGUGACUUUACCGAAAAAACUAAGAAUAUCUGAGCCAUUGUUUUCCUUAAGAACACGGCAUACCUCUGUUAUCUAUGAGUGAGACUUUGCACCUGCCAUUAACCAUUGCAUAUGUGUCAAAAGGGCAGUGGCGUGCAGACAAAAGAAACAUUCCCACUUGAACAGUUUCCUCGGAAGAAGAAGAAGAACCUCCAAGCCUCUCGAGGAUGACGACGGCGCUGGCAGGAGAGCGGGGAUCGGGGCGCCGGCUCCUGGCGCUCGCGCUCUGCGUCGCGUGCGUGGGAUCGAGCGCGCUGCCGUCGCACAGAGGGCAGCGGCAGAAGCUGCUGCUCGUCUCGUUCGACGGAUUCCGCUGGGACUACGACGAGGACGUGGACACCCCGAACCUGGACCACCUGCGCACCGUCGGGGUCGCGGCGCGAUACAUGGUGCCGCCCUUCGUCACGAUAACCUCUCCGUCUCACUUCACCCUCGUCACUGGGAGACACCCGGAGUCUCACGGCGUCAUUCACAACAUGCUGUUCAAUCCGGAGACUGGAGAAAAAGCCAAUUUUCAGAAGACAACACUGCGUUCCGAGUGGUGGAACCAAACCCUUCCCAUCUGGAUCACGGCUCAGAACCAGGGUCUGAAGACAGGAUCGCUGCACUUCCCCGGCGGAGCUGUCAAUUACUCUGGCCAGACACCGUUCAAAUCCGUGGCGGAAGAAACUGAUCACCAGUACAACAACGUGACCGAGUGGCGUAUCAACAUUGGAGUCGUCAUGGACUGGUUCGUCAAUGACGGCCUGGAGUUUGUGGCCCUGUACUACGGCGAGCCGGACUUAACCGGUCACUUAUCUGGACCGGAGACGGAAGAGCGGCGGGCGAUGGUGCGGCAAGUGGACGAGACCAUCGGCUUCCUGGUCGAUGCCAUCGAGAAGAGGGGACUGAAGGACACCCUCAAUGUCAUCAUCACCUCGGACCACGGCAUGAUCACCACUCGGAAAGCUCCGGACAUCGAUGAAAUUGUGCUGUCAAAAUUCAUCGACUUCAAGGAAGACCUCAAGUUUGACCUGGUGGACUACGGACCGUCCGGUAUGCUUCUGCCCAAGGAAGGGAAGGAGGAGGAAGUGUACCAGGCCCUGAAGGGUGCCCACCCGCACCUGCACGUUUAUAAGAAGGAAGAGUUCCCAGAGCGCUUUCACUACCGCAACCACGAGCGCAUCCUGCCCAUCUUGGUGUACGGAGACCCUGGCUACGUGGUCAAUGGAAGGAUGAUAUUCCAGUUCAACAAGGGCGACCACGGCUACGACAACGAGGUGCCCGGCAUGAGGACCAUCUUCCGCGCCUUCGGGCCUCGCUUCCGCCGGGGCUACGCGGCGGAGCCGUUCGCCAGCGUGCACGUGUACGCGCUCAUGUGCGAGCUGCUCGGGGUGCAGCCCGAGCCGCACAACGGCUCCCUUGCCUUCACCCGGGACAUGCUCGCCGACUCGGUCGGUGACGGCGGCGGUGGCUCGGAGGACUCGGGAUCCACAACUCCCGGACUCAAGGAGGGACUGAUCGCUUUGCUCGUCAUCAUCGUCAUCCUCUUUGUCACGUUAGUCGCAAUGGUGGCCUACUCAGCCUGGAAGAGAGCCACUAAAGCGCCUAAGCACAAGACCACGAUGGCACAUAACACAUGGAUGUAGCAGCAUGUGUGUCUUCAGUGGGAUUGAGACUCGAUGGUUGACAUUCAUGUUAAGGGCCCAACAUCAGGGCCUUCUAUUCACACGUUUAAGUAUGAAAUAUAAUUAUGUAUCUAUCUAUCUGCCUUCAAUGUUCUCAUGGUUCUGAUAAACUUUUUUCGUAUAAAUCUACCCCCAAAGUCAAAUGUAUUAAACGACAUAUCUGAAUGAUCAUUUUUGAAAAGUGUUAAGUGAGUGAUCCGUUUGCAUUUUCAUACUGGAUUGCUAGGAGCAAGGUUAUGUUGAUUCAUGGUAAUUAAAAUCCUGGUCGUGA